UAAAAACAAUUUAAAUUAAGCCAUUAACUGUUCUUCAUGCAUCGGUGUAUGAAUUUUUGAAAAAGUUCUCAUUGAAUGUUUGUAUUCUUCAAGUGUAGGUACAACAUUCACUUCAGAAUGAUUCGCGUUGGAUUUCUCGGUGCCGGUAAAAUGGCACAAGCAUUAGCAAAAGGAUUUCUUAAAUCAGGUCUAGUUAAAUCAAACGGAAUUAUAGCAAGUUGUGCUCCCAAUGAUUUAGCAUCUGCUCAAGCUUUCGAAUCUCUGGGAAGUAAAGUUACAUUUGAUAAUAGAGAAGUUGCUCAAAAUUCUGAUGUAAUGAUAGUAGCAGUUAAACCAAGUAUUGUACCCAUAGUUCUAUCUGAUAUAAAAGAUCAUGUUACCGAUAAAAGCCUACUUUUGUCGAUUGCAAUGGGAGUUACAUUAGAUACAUUACAAAAAAGUUUACCCGAAAAAAGUAAAGUAGUCAGAGUGAUGCCCAAUACUCCAGCUUUAGUGCAACAAGCGGUAUCUGUUUUUGUACCUGGAAAAAAUGUUACAAAUUCAGAUAUCGAACUGACAAAAAAUUUACUAUUAUCCGUUGGCAUCUGUGAUCAAGUUCCAGAAUAUCUCUUAGAUGUUGUAACUGCUCUUAGUGGAUCAGGACCAGCAUACAUAUUUCUAAUAAUCGAAGCAAUGGCCGAUGGUGCAGUUCGUAUGGGUAUGCCAAGAGACAUGGCUUUGAAAUUAUCUGCUAAAACUGUCUUAGGAGCAGCCGAUAUGCUGCUAAAUAUUCAAGAACACCCUGGAAAACUACGAGAUGAUGUCACUUCGCCAGCAGGCACUACGUCUGAAGGACUUCAUGUAUUAGAAUCGCAUGGAGUAAGAUCUGCUAUCGUCAAAGCUCUAGAAGCCGCCACAAAUAAAAGUAAAGAAAUAUCUCAACUCAAAUGAAAGCACGCAGUUUCACGUACCUACCAAGUUACCAAUUAGUUAUUUUUUUUGUACCUGUAAAAAUCUCCUUGUAAGAAUUAUAAUUUUAAAAUAAUAACAUAAUAUCUCAA